AGUAAUUUUUUGUGUUUCAGGAGGUGCCUCCUAAUGUCAUUGACUUCAUGUUUAUUCUGGAACACAUUUGGCUUCAGUGCAGCUGUGGACUCUAAACCCAAUAUGCUUCUGUUUCUGGCUGAUGAUCUUGGCAUUGGAGAUAUAGGCUGUUAUGGGAACAAUUCCAUAAGGACCCCAAACAUUGACCGCUUGGCAAGAGAAGGAGUGAAGCUUACUCAGCACAUUGCCGCAGCUUCGCUUUGCACUCCGAGCAGAGCAGCCUUCCUCACUGGCAGAUACCCCAUUAGAUCAGGGAUGGCAUCCAGCAACAGGUACCGAGCGCUGCAGUGGAACGCCGGGUCAGGAGGGCUCCCUGCUAACGAGACGACAUUUGCCAGGCUGCUGCAGCAACAAGGCUAUACCACUGGACUGAUAGGAAAGUGGCAUCAAGGUGUAAACUGUGAAUCCUUCAACGAUCACUGUCACCAUCCUCUCAAUCAUGGGUUUGACUACUUUUAUGGAAUGCCUUUAACACUUCGAAACAACUGUCAAAAAAAUAAACCUCCAGACCUGGAUGCAGCCCUUCAAGAUAAGCUUUGGCUUUACAGUCAGAUAAUUACCCUUGCUGUGUUUACUCUUACUGCUGGAAAACUGACUGAUUUGAUUUCCAUCCGCUGGAAGACAAUUGCCUGUGUUACUUUGGUUGGCGGCCUUUUCUUCAUUUCUUGGUAUUCCAGUUAUGGCUUUGUGCAAUAUUGGAACUGUAUCCUGAUGAGGAACCACGAUGUCACUGAGCAGCCGAUGAAGUUAGAGAGGACUGCUUUCCUCAUGCUGAAGGAGGCAAUAUCAUUUAUCAAAAGAAACAGGCAUGGACCAUUCCUUCUCUUUGUUUCCUUUUUACAUGUUCACACCCCUCUCUUUACAACAUCAAAAUUUCUUGGGAAGAGCCGUCAUGGAUUAUAUGGAGACAAUGUAGAAGAAAUGGACUGGAUGGUGGGAAAAAUUCUGGAUGUGCUUGAUGAAGAAGGUUUGAAAAAUCAUACAUUCACAUACUUUGCCUCUGAUCACGGAGGACACUUGGAGGCUCAGAAUGGGUCUGCCCAGCUAGGUGGCUGGAAUGGUAUUUAUAAAGGCGGAAAAGGCAUGGGAGGCUGGGAAGGAGGGAUCCGUGUGCCAGGAAUAUUUAGGUGGCCAGGAGUACUACCUGCAGGCACAGUUACUGAUGAACCUACAAGUCUGAUGGAUAUUUAUCCCACAGUGGUUCAUCUGGCUGGAGGAAUAUUGCCGCGUGACAGGGUGAUUGAUGGACGAAACCUGCUGCCUUUACUGCAAGGAAGAGCUCAAAAGUCAGAUCAUGAGUUUCUAUUUCACUAUUGUGGCUCCUACUUGCACGCAGUGAGGUGGCACCAAAAAGACAGUGGAGCCAUUUGGAAGGCUCACUAUGUGACCCCUAUCUUCAGUCCUCCCGGAGCUGGGGCUUGUUAUGGAAAAAAAAAUUGCCCAUGUUUUGGGGAAGGUGUGACCCAUCAUGAUCCUCCACUGCUGUUUGAUCUCUCACGAGACCCUUCUGAAGCCAAACCUCUCUCACCUGAUACUGAGCCCCUCUUUGACACUGUCAUAAGGAAGAUGGGAAGAGCCAUCGAAGAGCAUCGCAGGACACUGACUCCAGUCCCAGAGCAGCUCUCUGUGUACAACGUGGUGUGGAAGCCGUGGCUGCAGCCGUGCUGUGGGACAUUCCCAUUCUGCUGGUGUGAUAAGGAAGGUGACAGCACACAAAUUUUGUGAGAUGUGUGUUCUAAUGACAUGUGCUGUGGCACUGAGUCCCCUGCUGACAAAGGUCUCAGAUAAUAAUUGUGUCUUUUCUUUCUCUGGGAAGCAA